AUGGCCCAGCGAUGGUUCCACAAUCUGAGAAAUAAUUCUAUAUACUCAUACGAUGAUCUUCACCUCAUGUUCAUGAGACAGUUUGCCAGCGCAAAUCGGGUUGGGAAAACACCCAUUUCCUUGAUGGACAUCAGGCAGGAACCACAAGAAACACUUCGUGAAUAUGUGGCACGAUUCAACACAAUCGCGUUAGACAUACCAGGUGCCGAAUCUCAGAUUAAGUGGUACGCUUUCGCUAGAGGGUUAAAACAAGGCCCACUCUUUGAGGCACUCCAGAUCAAGCCGCCGACCAGUUUCGAAGACAUCAUGACAAUAAUACCGGGAUACCUUCAACUGGAAGACGCUAAAAUGGCAAGAAAGGCAGAGGCCGAUAAGCUCAAACCUAAGAAGCAAGACAGCGCAGACGCUGGAGAAAAAUACAUCCCGAGGAAUCCCUACCGAGGUCUACCUCCCAGAAUCCCAACGAUAGCCAUCGAAGCUGGAACAGGUUCAUUAAUCACGGCGCAGACAGAGAAGAGGGAAGAGCGCGGUGGUUACCGAGAUGAUUUGCAAAAUCCAACUCAAUGGAAUCGUCACAUAGACGAAAUUUUCCAUCAGAUCAAAGAGGAGAAUUAUUUCAGAGCUCCAAAAGAUUACCAACCCGGAGCCCCAGCCCCAGGCAGGAACAAUUUGUUAUGUGAAUAUCAAAACCGUUACGGUCAUCUCACCCGCGAAUGCGGACAUUUGAAGCAUCAGCUGGAAAUUUUGGUCAGGAAGGGGUUCUUGGAUCAAUACAUAGAAAGACCACGAGGCUCAUAUAGAGAGAACCGUUACGAUGAACGUAGGGAUGAUGAGCGGCGCCGACGGGAUGACACCCGCCGCGACCAUGAUGACAGGGAAAGAAGACACAGACAUGAGGAGAGAAGGGAAAAAAGAAAUCAUAGACGAGACAGCCAGGAUAGACACAACCCCGCAAACCACGCCCAGUAUGACAGAGAGGUACACAUGAUUACAGGAGAAAAUAAUAUACCAACAUCUAACAGGGCCAAAAAGCAAUUAGCCCGCACGGUCAGGUCUGGAUACUAUGACAAAGCUGUCAUGACAAUCAACACCGCGCCCGAUGAACCGAUAAUAUCCUUUGGACCAAAGGAUGCUAGGUCUCUAUUCUAUCCUCAUGACGACGCCUUGGUAUUUUCUGCCAACGUGGCCAACGUAUUGGUACACCGCAUCUUUGUUGAUUCAGGCAGCGCCGUCAACAUCUUAUAUCUAGAGUGCUGGCAGGCAAUGGGUUUGGAGGCUAAGCUAGAGCCCGCUGUGGCUCCUCUUUAUGGGUUUUCAGGGGAAUCAGUCCUACCGGUGGGAAUAAUUGAAUUGCCAAUGACGAUAGGGCAACCAUGGGGAAAAAAGACCCGAAUGGUCAAGUUCUUGGUCAUCGACGCACCGAAACCCUCUUACAACAUGAUCUUUGGGAGACCGGCACUGAACUCUUUUAAAGCAAUCAUCUCUACUCUUUACUUGAAGAUAAAGUUCCCCUUGGAAGGAGGCAAAAUUGGUGAAGUGUGGGGAGACCAGGCUGUGUCGAAGAAAUGCCAUGUACAAGUAUUAACUCAAUACUCCGGACAAAAAUGGGAAAGGUCAGUACACCAGGUAGAGGCAAGCAAGAAGGGAAAAAUUGGAGUGAUCACGGCUUCAGAGCCCGAGCGGAGAGAGAUCGCAGAGCUGCAAGGGAGAAAUGAUAAAAUACCCCUCGUCACUACCAAUGAUACGUGCAUAGUUAUUGAGCUUUUCAAGGAUAAGGAGGGAUUUACUACCAAAAUCGGGGCACAUAUGGAGCCAGAAUUGCAAAGAAAGGUAAUUGCUUGCCUGCGCAGAAAUGCUGACGUAUUCGCGUUCACUACGGCGGACCUGAAAGGAAUCGACAGAGAGCUAGCUGAGCAUCGUUUGAACGUGGAUCCCACGAUCAAGCCAGUCAAGCAAAAGACGAGACACUUCGAUACUGAAAAGGAUGCUGCUAUUCGAGAGCAGAUACAGGCGUUGUUAGAAGCGGGACAUAUCAUAGAAGUGCAAUACCCGGACUGGGUGUCAAACGCUGUUAUGGUGGAAAAGAAGGCUAAGACUUGGAGGAUGUGUGUGGACUACCGGGACCUCAAUGCAGCCUGUCCAAAGGAUUGUUACCCAUUGCCACGGAUUGAUCAGUUAGUAGACGCAACGUCAGGAUGCGAACUUUUGUCAAUGAUGGAUGCUUACCAAGGGUACCAUCAGGUUAAGAUGUACAGGAACGAUGUUAUUAAAACAGCAUUCGCAGUCUGCGCAGGGAUCUUCGCAUAUGUGAGUAUGCCAUUUGGACUAAAAAAUGCUGGGGCUACUUACCAGAGAAUGAUGGACAGAAUCUUCAAAGAUCAAUUGAAAGAGAAUGUGUCGGUCUAUGUAGAUGACAUGCUGGUACGCAGCACUGAAGCACGCACACAUGCGGACGACUUGGAUGAAAUCUUCUCGGUGAUACGAAGACACAAGCUCAUGCUCAAUCCGGCUAAAUGUACUUUCGGGGUGCAGUCGGGAAAAUUCCUGGGAUACAAGGUUACGCCUGAGGGGAUAGAAGUGAACGCAGACAAAGUUAGAGCUAUUAUUGACAUGACGGCGCCGCGGAACAUCAAAGAGAUACAAACACUGAACGGACGAAUAACUGCACUAAGUCGAUUCAUAUCGAGGUCAGCAGAAAGAAGUCUGCCCUUCUUCAAAAUUUUGAGAAAGGAAAGUCGAUUCGAGUGGAGUAGCGAGUGCCAGCAAGCCUUCGAGGAACUCAAGGAAUAUCUCAAAGGACUACCCGUCCAGACCAAACCGAUACCGGGGGAGCCACUAUAUCUAUACACUUCGGUGGGGGUAGAAUCUUUGAGCACUGUGCUAGUGCGGAAGGAAGGGGGUACGCAGAAGCCAGUUUAUUUCGUGAGCAAAAUCAUCCAAGGAGCGGAGAUCAGAUACACCGCAGCGGAGAAAACAGCUUACGCUAUCAUGAUCACGGCGAGAAAGUUGCGCCCAUACUUUUUAUCACACAAAGUUAUCGUCAGAACAGCGCUGCCUUUUCAACAAAUCCUGGGGAGGCCAGACCUCGCAGGAAGAAUGGUAAAAUGGGCCAUUGAGCUGGGCGAAUAUGACGUGGCGUUCGAACCGCGUACAACCAUUAAAGCACAGGCCUUAGCUGACUUCAUUCAAGAGACCACGAGAUGGCCGUUGCGAGGACCAUGGACGGCGCAGGUCGACGGUUCCGUCACCAAAGAGGGGUGCGGAGUUGGAAUAUAUAUUGAAUCGCCAGAGGAUGGAACCUACCAGUUUGCGAUCAAGUUCGAGGACAAGUUGUCAAAUAACGAGGCAGAAUAUGAGGCAGUGAUAAGGGCUGCCCACAUCUUGAAGGAGCUCAGAGCAGACACAGCAAUAAUCAAGACCGAUUCGCAACUGGUAGCCCAGCAGUUGAGAGGCGAAUGUGAGGUUCGCGAUGACAGAAUGAGAGCUUAUUAUGAUCGGAUGCAGCAACUCAAGGAAAAGUUUGAAGAACUGAAAAUAAUACAAGUACCCCGAGAAGAAAAUCGAAGGGCUGACUUGCUAGCAAGGAUGGCCAGCGCCGUUGAACAAUCAUGGAAUGACGAAAUCACACUCUUGUUUGAACCAAAGAAGAGCCCAGGGAUUCAAGUCUACGCCGUCGAAGUGGGGGAUGAUUGGCGAGCCCCAAUCAUUCAUUUCUUACGUACAGGAGAAAGAAUGGAGGGAGACACAGCAAAAUACGCUAGAUAUGAGAACUUUUGUUUGAUCAGUAACCAGCUUUAUAAGAGAUCUUUCACAAACCCGUUCCUUAAAUGUUUAUCAUCGGAGGAGGCAGAAUUCGCUCUAAAGGAAAUCCAUCAGGGAUGCUGUGGAAACCAUGCAGGAUACAAAGACCUGACCAGAAAAAUCAUCAGAGCAGGUUUUUAUUGGCCUGGCAUCGACAGGGAUACCAAAGCUUAUGUAAAGAAGUGUGAAUAUUGCCAAAGACAUGCGCCAAGAAUUAACGUCCCGGGGGAAAAAAUGGGGGUGAUGUACUCGGCAUAUCCUUUCGACAAAUGGGGAAUUGAUAUCAUGGGUAAACUGCCAACGGCGCCAGGAGGAAAAUGUUUUUUGAUAGUGGCAGUAGACUAUUUCUCGAAAUGGGUGGAGGCAGAGGCUGUAACAAGGGUGGAUGAGGCCACCGUCGAAAAGUUCAUCUGGAAAAACAUCUGUUGCAGAUAUGGGGUGCCCAGAGUUCUAAUAUCAGAUAAUGGAGCACAGUUCACUAGUCAAAGAAUCGAGGAUUUUUGUUCAAGGAUGGACAUCGAGCAGAGAUUCGUCUCAGUAGCCCAUCCCCAAGCCAAUGGUCAAGUCGAGCUGGCUAACUGCACUAUCUGUGAGGGAAUCAAGAAAAGAUUAGAAAAAAGCAGAGGACGAUGGGCAAAGGAAUUGGACACGGUCCUGUGGGCACUGCGUACCAGUCCCAAAACAGCCAUAGGAGAAGCCCCGUUCACUUUGGUUUAUGGCUCAAACGCGGUCAUUCCAGCAGAGGUAAGGUUAGAAUCACAUCGAAUUUGUACAUAUGAUCCGGCGCAGAAUGAAGAACUGCGCAGGCUGGAGCUGGACCUCAUAGAUCUAAAGCGAGAAGAAGCCCAGGUCAAGGCUGCCAAGUACAAAAGCAUCAUUAAAGCAGGGUAUGAUAAGAAGGUCAAGCAGUGCCGAUUCCAGAAGGGCGAUCUGGUACUCAAGCGCGCGGAUGCUCUGAAAGCUACCGGGAAAUUUGAAGCUAACUGGGAAGGACCAUAUAUCAUCACCGAAGUCUUAAAAGGCGGAGCCUAUCAUCUAUCUGAUCAAGAGGGGAGAGCUCUCGAGAGGCCGUGGAACAUCAAUCACCUCAAGAAAUUCUAUGUGUGA